AUGCCAGCAGAGUUGGUACUAGCUGGAUUGGAGACGGCGAAGUCAGGCGCCGAGAUCUUGGUGUAUAUCAUCAAAACAGUUCAGCAUGUCCGGCGGCUUAAGAAAGAGUGUGGAAAGGUAGGAGAACUUGCACAACUUCUGCAGAGCAUCCUGGACAGCAACCAGGAGGCACUGAAGAGCUUGAGUACGGAGGAGAAGCUCCGGGCCCACCUCCGGGAUGUCGCCACAUUUGUGACCAAUUGCACGAAGGACUAUUCGUUGUUAGGGAGAGCAUGGGAAGUCAUGUGGGAUAAGAAGCUUCCAAAGCUGCUUGCGGGCAUGAAAGAUUGGAUCCUCUAUUUCUUAAUGGACGCUAUGUCUCGGGGAAUCACUAUGCAAGAGAAGGUUGUUGAUGGCCAAGAGAGAAUCCUCUCGAGACUCACUGUCGUAGAUAACAUCGAUAGCCAUCUCAGCUCACUCGACGAUGGUCUCAAGGGCCAAGGAGAGGCAUUCAGUGCUAUUAUGGACGAAAAACUGAAGAUUUUAUCCCAGACCACCGCAACCUGGAGGGUCGAUUUUCAAUCGAACGAUGCCCGACUGAAGGUAUCUCAAGACGUCAGUGGUGAUCUCGCUGGAACGUUGAACGGCCAGAAGGUCGUCUGUUAUCCGAUCAGCAGCAAUCAGAGAGAUAGUCGCGUUGGGCCUCGUCACGUCACGCUUUACUCGAAGCUCUCUGCCAAUACUUCGGUGCAUCCCUUCUACGGACUUGCAGACAAGAACGGGCAACUCUACGCUGUAAUGCAGGAUCUGAGGACCGCAAAGUCCCUUGGGUCAUGUCUUAAAGAUGACCAGUUCAGUGGCAUAAAGGACCGGCUGCGUAUAGCAUAUGAUAUUGCGCAAACAGUGGCUUAUCUGCACUCAGUGGAGAUCCUGGUCAGGUCACUGUCGGACCAGAACGUCAUCUUGACUCCAGAAAAUAAUGAGUGGAAGCCGGUCCUGAUGAGGCUCGAUCAAGCCAGGCUGUUCCUCGAGGACACAUCAUCUGCGGAGGUAGACAUUCGGUACGAAGCUCCGGAAUACAGGCUGUCCCGCAGGCACAGCCCGGAAACAGACACCUGGAGCUUUGGUGUUCUUCUGUGGGAGUGGGUAAAGCAGGAAUACCCAUUCGGACUCUCAGAUCCGGUCCUCAUCGAUGCAGCAGACCGACAUGCCGAGCCAGCCGACGGCGGAGGUUCAACUAAUCCGCAAGCUGACUUAAUCCACCGCGCACUGAACAAACAUGAUGUCCCCUGGCUACGUGAAGAUACCUCUAGGGCAUCGCCAGUCUUAUCCCUCAUCAGGAGCUGCUGUCAUCCCACGCCAGCUGUAAGGCUGUCCAUGGCAUUUGUAGCACGUUCACUCUGGCUUCUUCUCAGCGGUGACGGUGUCUUAAUCACAAUACCGGAACAGGACUGCGAGGAGACCAAGUCACGAGUCCACGACGUUCUAAAUAGGGCGGAGAAUAAGGACGGGGACGAACAUCAGACUACACGAGUCCAAAUGCAGGACGCAGAGAUUAUUCGAAGCCUUGCGGACGGUGGCGAUCCUGUUGCGUCAGCUCUGUUAGGCGCUGCAAUCUGGCGGGACUUGAUAGACUGCAACGUUGACGAGGACGGUGACUUUAUAUCUUUGAAAUCCACAGACAUUUCUCUUGAGAGGAGGGCGGGGUUGGCCCUGCCUUACCUGGAAUUCGCUGCGAAGGGCGGUGUCAGGUCAACAUUGAAGGACAUCGCCAACAUCCACCUGGCGCUUGGGCGUAUAUAUAAAGCAUUGAGGGACAAUACGAAAGAGUGGUACAAGGAGAGGUAG